CUGUGUAAUACGACGCCGUUUCUGACAUUCCUCAUGAAUGUUUGCGCUGCUGGCUAGCAUUUAUUCCUUCAUUCCAGUAAUCUCCCAACUCUCACCUUUACCAUCAAAAUUUUUUUUUUUUUGGUAAAAAUUAGUAUUUCAAUUUCAAUCACAAUACAUAUAUAGAUAUAGAAAUAGAUACAGAUAUCGAUGGGGUGUACGCAAUCGAAAAUUGAGAAUGAAGAAAUUGUCAACAGAUGUAAGGAAAGGAAAUCAGUUAUGAAGCAAUCCGUUUCAGCACGGAACGCUUUCGCCGCCGCGCACUUUUCUUAUGCCGCCGCGUUGAAGAACACCGGUGCAGCGUUAAGUGAUUAUGCUCAAGGUGAAGUUGAGUUUCCUGACCAUCACCGUCAGCCCGACGCGGUUUCGACUUCUAAGACGAUGCUACCACCGGCACCGCCGCAACCGCCGUAUGAGGAUAUUCCUCCGCCGCCUCCACCGCCUCUCCAACGAGCUGCUACUAUGCCGGAGUUUACGGUUACUGAACCGGCUCAUCAUCACCCGGAUCCGAUCAUGGAAGGGAUAGAUGAAGAUGAUGAGGAGGUUGAUGAUCGGAGUUUGAAGCAUCGGAGUCGAAGCUCCCGCAGCGGCGGUGGUGGUGCCGGAAUUAGAAGUGGUUCGAAGCGCGAGGCUGAAAAGCAGGAUAUGCCACCGCCACCGUCGCCGCCGAUGCCGGCGGCGCCACGACCGGAGAAGCCGCUCAACCGUGCCGCGCCACCGCCACCGCCGCCGCACGGGAUGUCGUCUUGGGACUACUUUUUUCCAGCUAUGGAGAAUAUGACUGGACCGAGUUUGACAGAAAUCGAUCACGAAAGUGAUACUCCAUUUGAUCGAGAAGUGGUGGGUGAGGAGAAAAACCGGAGGGAAAUGAAUCAUCAUGAUUUGGAUGAUGAUGUGGAUGAUGACGUGGAUAAUGGUGGUGAUGAGAAUGAAGUUGAGGAUGUGGUGGAGGAAGUGGUGGUGCCGCCACCGUCACCGCCGAAAGUUGUGAAGAAAGUGAGGGUUGAAGUGCCUGUGACGGUGCCCACCGAGAACAGGAGAGUGAAACUAGACUUGUUGCAGAUAUUUACUGAGCUUGAUGAUUGUUUUUUGAAAGCAUCAGAGAGUGCUAAUGAGGUUUCGAAGAUGCUUGAGGCUAAUAGGUUGCAUUAUCACUCCAAUUUUGCCGAUAAUCGAGGCCAUAUAGAUCAUUCUGCAAGAGUCAUGCGUGUUAUUACCUGGAAUAGGUCGUUUAAAGGAAUGCCAGAUGCCGAUGAUAGGAAGGAUGACUUUGAUUCUGAAGAGAAUGAAACACAUGCCACAGUGUUGGACAAGAUGCUUGCAUGGGAGAAGAAGCUAUAUGAUGAAGUGAAGGCUGGUGAAUUGAUGAAACUUGAGUACCAAAAAAAGAUUGCUUCAUUAAAUAAACUUAAAAAACGUGGUGCCAGCACCGAUCAUCUUGAGAGGACAAAAGCAUCAGUUAGUCACCUGCACACAAGGUACAUAGUUGACAUGCAAUCAAUGGAUUCAACCGUUUCUGAAAUCAACCGGCUUCGUGAUGAGCAAUUGUACCCAAAACUUGUUCAACUUGUCGACGGAAUGGCUAUAAUGUGGGAAACCAUGAAAGUUCAUCACGACAACCAAUCAAAAAUUGUGCAAGCAUUAAGAUCGCUCGACAUCUCCCAUUCACCAAAAGAAACGAGUGAGCAUCAUUACAACAACACACGCCAACUGCAUGUCCAUGUCCAAAUGUGGCAUUCCCAGUUUGAAAAACUCAUGUUACAUCAAAAAGAAUACAUAAAAUCCCUCAAAGAUUGGCUAAAGCUCAACCUUAUUCCCAUAGACAAUAACCUUAGAGAGAAAGUCUCUUCUCCUCAAAGACCUCAAAACCCCCCGAUCCUAAUCCUUUUAAAAACAUGGCAUGAUUUUCUCGAGAAGCUUCCAGAAGAAGGUGCAAGAACCGCCAUCCAUAACUUUGCAGCUGUUAUGGACACAAUAUUUCAGUACCAAACGGAUGAAAUGAAGAUGAAAGAGAGGUGUGAAGAAACAAGAAGGGAAUUAGCCCGAAAAACCCGGAAAUUUGAAGAGUGGUACAAUAAGUAUAUGCAGAAAAGAAUGGGUGAUGAGAUGGACAAUGAUAAAGAUGUGAUUGCCGAGCAACAGAUUACAGUUGAGUUAUUGAAGAAGAGAUUAGAGGAAGAGGAAGAAGGGUACCAGAGGCAGUGUAUUCAGGUGAGGGAUAAGUCUCUGAUGAAUUUGAAGACGGGUUUGCCUGAGGUUUUCAGGGCGAUGUCAGAAUUUUCUCGUGCUUGUUCACUUAUGUAUAAAAGCUUAAAGUCUCACACCAAGCCACAAUAUGCAAACACAAGUUUGCCAUGAGGUAUGAUAAUGUAAAGCUGUAAACUUCUUGUCUAUAUAAUUUGCUAGUACGUUUUGGGAAAAGGUUUAAAUUGAUUUGUAUAACUAAGUAUGAUGAAAAUUUUAUGCUGUUUAAAGUUGCUUACUAAAUGAGAUUUCAUUUUUGGUA